CCUCUACACAACCGCUUUAACGUACUCACAGACUAUGCAGAGAGAGAGAGAGAGGAAAAGCGAGCAGGCAGAGUAAGAGAGAGAGAGAGACGCCAUUAAUGUGACGAAGCUCAGCCACCAAACCUUGACUACAAUUAGUUGUGGCGUUUAACAAUGCGGAGCGCGCCCGCUACUUUAUCAUUACUCCUUCCCUCCCCUCCCCUCUCUGCCUCACUCUCCCAUCUAUCUCUCCCCUUCUAUCUCUCCGCUUUCAUCAUGCAUGAUGCAGCUGUAGGUAUCGGCUGUUAGCCGCAGCCGCAACAGCAGCAGCUUCGUUCUUCUCUUCACGGAUCUCUUGAAAGCGGGAGGUGGCUUAGUAUGAUGUGGAAUGCGGAGGAGAACGUGUUCGCCAGGACGGCCCCGUCCUCCAGGAACGGCAGUGAGGAGGACGAGGAGGCGCUCCGGUGGGCGGUGCUCGAGCGGCUCCCGACCUACGCCCGUGUCCGCCGUGGCAUCUUCAAGGACCUCGGCGGCGGAGCCAAGGAGAUCGGCCUCAGCGAGCUCGAAAUGCAGGAGCAGCGGCUUCUACUGGACCGGCUGGUCAGCUCCGUCGACCACGAUCCCGAGCAGUUCUUCGAGCGGAUGCGGCAUCGUUUUGAAGCGGUAGAUUUGGAGUUUCCAAAGAUUGAAGUUCGGUAUCAGAAUUUGGGUGUUGAAGCUUAUGUUCAUACUGGGAGCAGAGCCCUACCGACCAUCCCCAACUUCAUUUUCAACAUGACUGAGGCUCUAUUAAGGCAAUUGCAGAUAUACAGAGGAGACAGGAGCAAGUUGACAAUUUUAGACAAUAUUAGUGGAAUAAUUAGACCUUCAAGAUUAACACUCUUGCUGGGCCCUCCAAGCUCUGGGAAAACAACUCUACUGCUGGCUCUUGCCGGGCGCCUCAAAGAUGAUUUGCAGAUCUCAGGGAAAAUCACAUAUAAUGGACACGAGCUGCAUGAGUUUAUUCCACAGAGGACAUCUGCUUAUGUUAGUCAACAGGACUGGCAUGUAGCUGAGAUGACGGUGAGGGAGACUCUUGAUUUUGCAGGACGCUGUCAAGGUGUUGGCUUCAAAUACGAUAUGCUGCUGGAACUUGCAAGAAGAGAAAAGCUUGCUGGGAUCAAACCCGACGAAGAUCUCGAUAUAUUCAUGAAGUCAUUAGCUCUUGGGGGACAGGAGACAGGCCUUGUUGUGGAGUACAUUAUGAAGAUUUUAGGGUUGGACAUAUGUGCUGACACAUUAGUGGGAGAUGAAAUGAUCAAGGGAAUAUCUGGAGGCCAGAAGAAGCGGCUCACGACAGGUGAGUUGCUAGUUGGACCAGCUAGAGUUAUGUUCAUGGACGAAAUAUCAAAUGGCCUCGACAGUUCAACUACAUACCAGAUUGUCAAGUAUCUUCGGCACUCCACGCAUGCCCUUGAUGGCACAACUGUCAUUUCUCUGCUCCAACCUGCUCCAGAAACUUACGAGUUAUUUGAUGACGUCAUCCUCUUGUGUGAGGGACAGAUCCUCUAUCAGGGGCCUCGUGACAGUGCUCUGAACUUCUUCAAAUCUAUGGGGUUCAGUUGUCCGGAGAGGAAAAAUGUGGCAGACUUUUUACAAGAAGUUACAUCGAGGAAAGACCAAGAGCAGUACUGGUCUGAUCCUUAUCGCCCAUACCGUUAUGUGCCUGUGGGCAAAUUUGCAGAAGCUUUUCGGCUGUAUUCUGCUGGGAAAAGUUUGUCUCGUAAAAUGGACAUUUCAUUUGAUAGACGUUAUAACCACCCAGCUGCCUUGGCAACUUCUCGCUAUGGCGUGAAGAGGAGAGAACUGCUUAGGACCAGUUUCGACUGGCAGGUGCUCCUGAUGAAACGGAACUCAUUUAUUUAUGUGUUCAAAUUCAUACAGCUCCUCAUUGUUGCAUUAAUAACGAUGAGUGUCUUCUUUCGGUCAACUAUUCACCACAACUCAAUUGACGAUGGGGGCUUGUACCUUGGAGCUUUGUACUUUUCGAUGGUCAUCAUUCUUUUUAAUGGCUUCACAGAGGUUCCUAUGCUUGUUGCCAAGCUUCCAGUCCUCUACAAGCAUAGAGAUUUGCACUUCUACCCCAGUUGGGCUUACACGAUCCCUUCCUGGGUCUUAAGCAUUCCGACUUCACUGAUGGAAUCUGGAUUUUGGGUGGGGGUUUCAUAUUACGUAAUUGGAUAUGAUCCUAAUUUUACCAGGUUUCUUCGACAAUUCAUGAUAUUCUUUUUCCUACACCAAAUGUCUAUAGCUCUUUUUCGUGUAAUGGGAUCUUUGGGUCGAAAUAUGAUAGUCGCCAACACCUUUGGGUCCUUUGCAAUGUUGGUCGUGAUGGCUCUUGGAGGCUAUGUCAUUUCUAGAGAUCGUAUCCCCAGCUGGUGGAUUUGGGGUUUCUGGAUCUCUCCUUUGGCAUAUGCUCAGGAUGCAGCAUCAGUUAAUGAAUUUCUUGGGCAUUCCUGGGACAAGAGAGCUGGGGACUCAUCACUAGGAAAAGCAGUACUGAGAGAACGCAGUUUGUUUCCUGAGAGCUACUGGUAUUGGAUAGGUGUUGGUGCCUUAUUUGGUUACACAGUUCUGCUCAACUUUCUCUUCACAUUGUUCCUCACUUACCUCAACCCUCUGGGGAAGCACCAAACCGUCAUCUCCAAGGAAGAGCUUCGAGAUAGAGAGCGGAGGAGGAAGGGGGAAAUAAUAGCAACUGAACUGAGAGAAUACCUGCAGCAUUCCAGCUCAUUAGGGAAGUAUUUCAAGAAGAGAGGCAUGGUGUUACCUUUCCAGCCAGUCUCGAUGUCUUUUGGCAAUAUCAAUUACUAUGUGGAUGUCCCUUUGGAAUUGAAACAACAAGGGAUAAUGGAAGAUAAGUUGCAAUUACUUGUAAACGUGACUGGAGCAUUCAGACCUGGAGUGCUUACUGCCCUAGUUGGAGUUAGCGGUGCUGGUAAAACAACCCUCAUGGAUGUUUUAUCGGGAAGAAAAACCGGUGGCAUCGUAGAAGGAACCAUACACGUAUCAGGGUACCCGAAAAAGCAAGAAACCUUUGCAAGAAUAUCAGGUUACUGUGAGCAAAAUGAUAUCCACUCCCCUUGCUUAACUGUUCUGGAAUCUCUUCUGUUCUCUGCGUGGCUCCGAUUACCUCCAGAUGUUGACCUGAAGACUCAGAAGGCUUUUGUUGAAGAGGUUAUGGAGCUAGUGGAGCUUACUCCACUUAGGGGGGCAUUGGUCGGUCUACCUGGAGUCGAUGGUCUGUCGACGGAGCAGAGAAAAAGAUUGACAAUAGCUGUGGAAUUGGUCGCCAAUCCUUCUAUAGUUUUCAUGGAUGAACCAACUUCAGGGUUGGAUGCUAGGGCUGCUGCAAUUGUGAUGAGGACUGUGAGGAAUAUUGUGAAUACGGGCCGAACAAUAGUAUGCACUAUUCAUCAGCCUAGCAUCGACAUAUUUGAGUCUUUUGAUGAGCUUCUGUUUAUGAAGCGCGGAGGAGAGCUCAUAUACGCAGGUCCACUCGGUCACAAAUCCUGUGAACUGAUCAAGUAUUUCGAGUCAGUUGAAGGAUUGCGGAAGAUCAAGCCUGGGUAUAAUCCUGCAGCAUGGAUGCUCGAGGUCACUUCCACAGCUGAAGAAACUCGCUUGGGAGUGGACUUUGCAGAUAUAUACCGGAGAUCAUAUCUUUUCCAACGGAACAAAGAACUGGUGGAGAGCCUAAGCAAGCCAAGCAACAACUUCAGAGAGCUGAAGUUCCCAACAAAGUAUAAUCAGUCAUACUUUGAACAGUUUAUAGCCUGUCUCUGGAAGCAGAACCUGUCGUACUGGCGUAACCCUCAGUACACUGCAGUGCGGUUCUUCUACACAGUAGUGAUCUCAUUGAUGCUUGGGACAAUAUGUUGGAAAUUCGGUGGCAAAAGGGAGACCCAGCAGGAUUUGUUCAAUGCAAUGGGAUCAAUGUAUGCUGCAGUUUUGUUUAUUGGGAUUACCAACGGCACAGCCGUGCAGCCUGUAGUCUCUAUUGAGAGAUUUGUCUCAUACAGAGAGAGAGCAGCGGGGAUGUAUUCGGCUCUUCCUUUCGCCUUUGCUCAGGUUAUUAUUGAGUUCCCAUAUGUUUUCACCCAAACAAUAAUCUACUGUUCCAUCUUCUACUCCAUGGCCACAUUUCAAUGGACGUUCCUGAAGUUCGUGUGGUACUUGUUCUUCAUGUAUUUCACGAUGCUGUACUUCACUUUUUAUGGGAUGAUGACAACUGCUGUGACUCCAAACCAUAAUGUUGCUACAAUAAUCGCUGCUCCGUUCUACAUGCUCUGGAAUCUCUUCAGUGGGUUUAUGAUUCCUCACAAGAGAAUCCCAAUAUGGUGGAGAUGGUAUUACUGGGCAAAUCCUGUGGCCUGGAGUUUGUAUGGUCUCCUGACUUCGCAGUAUGGUGAUGAUCCCUGGCUCGUGAAACUCUCUGACGGCCAUACCCUCGUGCCUAUUAGGAAGCUCCUUAAUGACGUGUUCGGGUUCAGGCAUGACUUCCUGGGUGUUACCGCCAUAAUGGUGUUCAGCUUCUGCAUCUUAUUCGCCAUUAUUUUUGCAUUCGCAAUAAAAUCCUUCAACUUCCAGAAGAGGUAGCCGAGACCGAAAGAACAUUGCAGUUUGUACAAGAGAAUUCACUUAAGUUUGUAUAGAAAACACGAUUCUUGGUGAUUAAGUUAUCUGAGAAAUGGAGACAUAAGGUACGUGUGCUUCCAAGUUUUCACCAGUUUAUUAUACGAACUUAUAGAUUUGUCCGUGUUAUAAGUAAUUAGCGAUAAGCUGUUUUCUGCACUAGAAAUUAGUGCCAAUAAUGUACUGUUACCAAAUUUUGUUCUUAUAAUCGAAUCUUUCAUUUUUUCUUCGCAA